AGAGCUUCAUUUGCUCGCUCUCGUUCCUUGAAUCGAUCCCCCUUCUCUUCCCUCGCAUGCUGCAGCCAGAAUUUGGCGGAAUGAAGCCACAAAAUUCGCCGUCGGAAGACAGAUUUUAGCAGAUUUUAGCUCGGAAAGUCAUGGUCGUGGAAUUGAAUGCAAUUGCUUUCUGCGCUUGAUGGGAACGUAAGUCAGGGCAGGGCAGGGCAGGGCAGGGCGGGGCGGGGAAGGGCAGCGUGACAGGGGCAUUUGAAGUUUCACGGCCGAUGGUGUCCGCUUAGAAGAAGGGGAGCAAUGGAGGAGCCCAAGUUCAGCGUUUUUGACGAAGUGAAAUUGAAGGCCGAACUGGAACGUUGUGGAAUCAAGCACCUGCACGCAGUUGCUAUCCAAUCGUACUUGCUUGCACAUAAAGAUGCAGAGCCUCAUGAAGUCCCAGAUUUGCCUAAAGCAGCUUAUCCUCUCCUUCGGUCUCACUUCAAGUCUACCACCAGCAAGUUGAAAGUUGAGCACUUUUCUUCGGACGGCACCACUGUGAAGCUUCUCAUAGAGAUGCAGAAUGGUCAGUCUGUUGAAUCUGUAAUCAUGAGGCAUGAUGCAACAGCUGGAUUGUAUGCUGGUGGCCCUAGACAAGGAUCUCCUAGGGCAACGCUCUGCGUCUCAUCACAGGUUGGCUGCCAAAUGGGGUGCACAUUUUGUGCCACAGGCACCAUGGGACUCAAAGGAAACCUCUCAGCUGGAGAGAUCGUGGAGCAAUUAGUCCAUGCUACCCGAAUAACGCCUAUACGCAACAUUGUUUUUAUGGGAAUGGGUGAACCAUUGAACAACUAUCAAGCUGUUGUGCAAGCAAUAAAGACCAUGACCGGUCACUGCUUCAGCGUAUCACCGAGCCACAUCACCCUAUCUACUGUGGGUGUCAUACCUCGAAUUUUGUCUUUGGCUACUGAUUUACCUGGGGUUAAUUUGGCGCUUUCUCUACACGCCCCGACUCAAGAGCUUCGGUGCCAGAUUGUGCCAGCAGCUAGAGCCUACAAUCUCGUGAAGUUAAUGGCUGCAGUGGACUCCUACAUUGGAGCAAGUAAGCGCAAGGUAUUCAUUGAGUAUAUCAUGAUCGGGGACGUCAAUGACUCCGAAGAACUCGCACAUCAAGUCGGUGCACUCCUGCAGGACCGACAAGUGGUUCUGAAUCUCAUUCCCUACAACCCGACUUUAACCAAGGCUGAUUACAAAGCCAGCCGUGAAGAGAGUAUCCACUCAUUUCAAAAAAUCAUUCGGGAGGUGUACAACGUAAGAGCAAUAGUUCGCAGAGAGAUGGGGCAGGACAUAGCCGGUGCUUGUGGUCAGCUAGCAAUUGGGGAAUACAAGAAGGAUUCAAGUCAUCCUCAAAAAGCAAGCACCGAUCUUCCUGAUAUCGAAGAGUUGUUUACUGCUUCUGUAAGGAAACCCUGAAAUAAAUCACGUCACACUUACGCAUGUCGCUGUUGUUUCGGGUACACGUGCUCGUUAGUCCUGUUUUACCGUGCCGAAUGUGUACCACCAUCGUUUCAGGCAUUCGAAUGGCCACUUGCCCACA